UCUCCACUUUGAAGAGUGCUAAUUGAUUUGACAGGAAGGCAGUUUCCCGGUAUCUUAGUCCAGCAAGCAAUUAGCAAAAGCAGAGAUGUUAAAGGCCAAGAAAUAUGACUGGAAAGACUCCAACCUGGCACUCUUUGGAAGUGACACAGAAAAGGCAGUAAAAAAGGAGUCUGCUGAGGCAGAGCCAGCGUGGCAUGCAGUUGACCCAGAUGCUGGGAACAAGCUCUACAUAUGGAGAAUCAAUAAUUUCCAGGUAGAAGCAUGGCCAGAAGAUCAAUAUGGGAAAUUCUUCGAGGGAGACUCAUACAUUGUGCUUAAUCAAUACCUGGAUGAGGAAUCCGUCGAGUAUGAUGUCCACUUCUGGAUUGGCCGAUAUAGCUCACAGGAUGAGUAUGGUACGGCAGCGUAUAAAACAGUUGAGUUAGACACCUAUCUUGAUGACAAACCCGUUCAGCAUCGCGAGGUGAUGGGUCACGAGAGUGCGCUAUUCUGCGGCUACUUUAAGCAAAUGGAGACAAUGCGAGGAGGUGUUGAUUCCGGGUUCAACAAGGUCACUCCAGAGGAAUACAAGCCACGUCUCUUCAAAUUCAAUGGCUCCAAGGGCAACAUUCGCAUCAAGGAGGUUCCCCGACUGAGGGAGAGUUUGAACUCUGACGAUGUCUUCAUCCUUGACCUUGGCCUCACUUUCAUCCAGUGGAACGGAAGCGGAAGCACCGGCAUGGAAAGAUACAAGGCGGCUCAGUUCUUAGAGACCUUGAAGGCUGAGAGGAAUGGCCAGGCUGAAGCUACCACAGUGGAUGAGGGAGAUGAAGAGCCAAGUGAUUUCUCCAGCCUCGUUGGCGAUGACACAGAUGAAGCUGAAGAGUCAGAGACGGCUGAACCUGGAGAGAGAGCUCUAUAUGAAUUGUCUGACAGGACCGAAAACCUAGAGUUCACCGAGAGGAAAACUGGUGAUGUCACCAUGGAAGACUUUGAUUCAGAGGAUGUGUUCCUAUUGGACAGUGGAGAUAGUGAGACUGGGGUGUUUGUGUGGAUUGGAAAUGGAGCCUCCAUUGAUGAAAGAAAGAACAGCAUGUCAUAUGCUCAUAAAUAUCUCCAAGCUAAGGAGUACCCAUGGGCCCCUAUUGCCAUUGUUUCAGAGAACAAAGCACCAAAAAACAAAGCAUUCAUGGCAGCGAUUGCAGCUUAGGCAGCAUUGGAAACAUUGCAAUGCAUCAUGGGAACUAAAAUACAUCCUGUGUUUAUAAAAUGAUGCAUUGUGGGAUAUUUUACCUGAUUUAUUUACUUAGUCAUUUUUCGGGUAAAUUGACUCUGUUAGUAAUAUACAUAUAGAGAGUAUUAUAUUCAAAAGGAUAUUGAAAUAUAAUUAUACUUUUAUAAAAACUGCAUGUAAGGCUAAGGUAUAGACAUAUUUGUCCCUUGUCACUUAAAUCGAACGCCAGAUUGAUUGCCUUCGAGUAGAUUCACAUUUCUUCGUGCAAUGAAUAGCUAUUUAGUAAUUACUUUAUUUAGUAUAUGUAUACAGAUUUAUUGUUGCCAUUAUGAUUUGCCAUUAUGGACAAUUUAAUAAUGUUAGUAUCAUAAGCUUCGUGCCAUUGCAUGUCAUAAAUUUGCCAUAUUUAGAAAACAUGAAUCUACACAGUUCACGGUGUACACUAUUUCAGAAAUUCUAGUUAGCUUAUUUCUACCACAGGCUAUACCACUAAAGGAAUAUUUAAUGUCACAGUUCUUAUAAUUAUUGUCAUUGAUUUACCAUAUUCAGAACACUCAAAUAUUCAGCACAGUUCAAGAUGUAUUUCAAGUUGUAGAAUAUCAAAAAUGGCAGCUUAUUAUACAGUGAGUAGAUCUAAAAGGGAUAAAAAGAUACCUGUUUAUCUAACUUUGC